AUGGAAGCCCUCCAUCAGACGGGGUCCUUUCUUAUGAAGGUGAAUACCUUACAGGGCAGGAAGAUGGUGGAGAGUGGGCUCCAGUCCGGGGACCUCUCCCUGUCUCAGUCAUGGCCCUCCUGCCUCCCUCUGCCCGCCGACUUGGAGAUCUUGCGGCAGAAAGUGGUCGCGGUGCAAAGGGAGCUGGAGGACUUCAAGAAGGAGGCUCUGCAGGCCAUCGGGUACCUGGAGGACGCCUUCUGCGAGAUGAACAGCGUCCUGGCACAGCAGGAGGAACAGGCGGCGCGAGUGAAGCAGCGACUCAGGGAGGAGGAGGACCGUGGCAUCGUUCGCAACAAGGUGCUCACCUUCCUUCUGCCCCGGGAGAAGCAGCUUCGCGAGCACUGCGAGCGGCUGGAGAAGAUGCUGGUCAGGAGCCAUGAUCCGCUGCGAGUCACCAGGAAGAGCCAGGCUGACUGA